UGCAUGCAAACAUGUCAUAUAAGGUUCUGUUUAAUGAAGUUAAACACUAUAAUCAUGGUAUUGACAUACACAAUUUCAUAAUCCACAAAUCACAUCCUCCUUAUGGAAUCUGGCAAAAAAAACCAAAUUCCAACUCUAAAGCCUCAAAAAAAAAAAACAUUUUGGGAUUUUUUUUAUUACUGAAAUUUUUAGCUUUAAAGAUGGGUCUCAAGUUACCUGGCCUAGAGGACGAUUUGCUGCUCUGUUUUGUCAAAUGGGAUAGCUUUAAAGAUGAGUUUUAGAUGCUGAAACUAUCCUACUAGCAUUUCAGAACUACAUCCUGAUGUUGGGUACCAGUGUAAUGAUCCCGUCAGUGCUCGUCCCAGCAAUGGGUGGAAGUGAUGUCAAUGCAACUAUGCUGGUAACUUUGAACCAGUACAUUGGUUCCCAACUAGUAUAACAUUUUGAGGUUAAUAUGCCAUUGAUUAAGGAGGUGAAAUUAGAUCUUGUCCUGUCUUCUCUUUGCCUUCUCAACUUCACAGUAUAUUGGGAACUGGUAAUCAUAUGUGGUUCGAUUUUGGUCUAGAGGAUCUUGGAGGCAGUAUAUACUAUGAUAGGGGGACAAAGCACGGGUAAUACAGACUUUGCUCUUUGUAGCAGGCAUUAACACACUUCUCCAAGCACUUUUCGGAACAAGGUUGCCAGCAAUCGUUGGAGGUUCUUUUGCUUACAUCAUCCCAAUAGCUUAUAUAAUAAAUGAUUCCUCAUUACAACGGAUUAGUAAUCGACAUGAGAGAUUUAUACAAACGAUGCGAGCUAUUCAAGGAGCUCUUAUUGUAGCCUCAAGCAUACAAAUUAUCCUGGGAUACAGUCAAGUUUGGGGUCUCUUUUCACGGUACAUUGGUAGCAUACUAAAAUGUGAAGUUGUUAGUCCAGGAAUGUUGGAUUAUAUUGUUCUUCACCGCUUGAGUUUUCCGUGCAGGUUUUUCAGCCCUCUUGGUAUGGCACCGGUGGUUGCAUUAGUAGGCCUGGGAUUGUUUCAGAGAGGAUUUCCUUUGCUGGGAAAUUGUGUAGAAAUCGGACUGCCAAUGCUUUUGUUGGUUAUUGGAUUGUCUCAAUAUCUAAAGCAUGUGCGGCCCAUAAGAGAUGUCCCUAUUUUUGAAAGGUUUCCUGUAUUGAUAUGUGUUGCAAUCAUUUGGAUCUAUUCCCUUAUACUGACUGCCAGUGGGGCUUACCGUGACAAACCUAAUGCUACUCAACUUAGUUGCCGUACUGACCGAGCAAAUCUCAUAUCUACUGCUCCAUGGUUCAUGUUCCCAUACCCUCUUCAGUGGGGACCCCCUACAUUUUCAGCUGGCCAUUCGUUUGCUAUGAUGUCUGCUGUUCUAGUGUCUAUGGUUGAGUCGACCGGAGCUUACAAGGCAGCAUCUCGAUUGGCUAUUGCAACCCCACCUCCAGCUUAUGUAUUAAGCCGUGGCAUUGGCUGGCAGGGUAUUGGCAUCUUGCUCGAUGGCCUUUUUGGAACAGGCACUGGUUCUACUGUUUCUGUGGAAAAUGUUGGACUCCUUGGACUAAGCCGAGUUGGGAGUCGCAGAGUUGUUCAGUUAUCUGCUGCCUUCAUGAUAUUUUUCUCCAUCUUAGGAAAAUUUGGAGCUGUGUUUGCAUCCAUACCUUUCCCAAUCUUUGCGGCACUGUACUGUGUACUCUUUGGUCUUGUAGCUUCAGUUGGAUUAUCAUUUCUCCAAUUCACAAACAUGAAUUGUAUGAGAAACCUCAUUAUCAUAGGGCUAUCACUUUUCCUUGGAAUUUCCAUCCCUCAAUUCUUUAAUGAAUAUUGGAAUCUCAAGCACCGAGGGCUCGUUCACACAAAUGCCGGAUGGUUCAACGCAUUUUUGAAUACCGUAUUCCUGUCUCCGGCAACGGUUGGUCUGAUUGUGGCGGUGUUUUUGGAUAAUACGUUGGAAGUGGAAAAAUCGAAGAAAGAUCGUGGAAUGCCAUGGUGGGUUAAGUUCAGAACGUUCAGAGGAGACAAUAGAAAUGAAGAGUUUUACACAUUACCAUUCAAUCUCAACAGGUUCUUUCCACCAACCUAGUGGAGUUGAACAUCAAGCCAAUUUCCAUUUGACAUUUGACAAUUUGAUCCAAUCCGAUUUGAUUAACAUGAAGGAUUCUUUAGUUUUUGUUUUUCUUUUUAGGUUGAAAAGAAGGAUCAUGUUCAUCAUAUGAGAUAAGCAUAUUGGUAGUAGAGUAACCUAAUUUUCCUUUUAUUUUGACUGUGGUUCCAAUAUAUUUUUUUUUGUGGGCCGAUGUAAGAGGGGUCCUGGGUAAGGUUGUAGAGCAUUUAGUUGUCUUGUUGGUUAAGUUUGUAGAUGGUCGACAAUAAUAAUAAUAAAGAAAAUUAGUUAAUUCAAA